AUGGAGAAUAAGAGGGGGUGGAUGAAGAAAUAUACAGGAAAAAUAUGUCCAAAAAUUUUUAAAAAGUUGAAAAAAAAAGAGAGAAUUGAGAAGAUCAUUCGUGGUCUUCUUAAGCUUCCAGAAAAUAAGAGAUGUAUCAACUGCAACAGUUUGGGGCCUCAAUAUGUAUGCACAACCUUCUUGACAUUCGUUUGCACAAACUGCAGUGGUGUACAUCGAGAAUUCACACAUCGAGUAAAAUCUGUGUCAAUGGCUAAAUUUUCUGUAGAAGAAGUAGAUGCUCUUCAGGCAGGGGGUAAUGAGCGAGCAAGGCAGAUUUAUCUUAAAGAAUGGGAUCCACAUAGAAAUUAUUUUCCUGACGGGAGUAAUCUUCAUAGACUUCGUGAUUUCAUCAAGCAUGUCUACAUAGACAGAAAAUAUGCUGGUGUUAGGAGUAAUGACAAGCUUUCAAUGGUUAAAGCGAGUGCAAAGGAGGACCUCCAAGAGCGGCAUUCUUUUGAAACAUCCCGUCAUGGUGCUAGAGAAGAAUUUUUUCAUACGGAUGAUGCUCGGAGAGAUGAUUUCUUUGAGCGGCACUCAUUUGAACAUUCUUUUCUAAGUAGAAACGAUGGCAGAAAUUUGAAAAAUCACAUUGAUCCAAGAAAUAGCCCUCGAUACAAACAAGAAAUGCUGAAGUCUGGAAGUCAGAAUAGUCGGGCACCUCGAUUUGAAAUAGUUGAUGAUAGGUUCCGGGAAAAUGGAUAUGGAUCUGUAAGGAAAGUUUUGACUCACAGAUACUCAGAUACAGAGUCCAGGGCUAGAAGCAGCUCACCAAUUUCACAAAAGAGCAGAGAUAUUUCCAAAGAGCCCGCAAUACGUCCACUAAAAGACAUUUUAGAUGACAAAAUUCCUCCUCUAAAAGUGGGAGAAUCUCCUAAAGCAAAUGCUGUUGAUGGCUCUGGCCAUGUUCAGACAGCAGGAAGCUACACAAUUCCAGGCUCUGUUGAUAAAAAGGAAGAGGAAAACAAGAAAGUGAAUACUCUUAACAGCUUGAUAGAUUUUGAUGCUAACCUUGAGCCUUCUGCAACAACAGCAGUAGUGCAGACUCAACAAACAGUUCCUGUUGGUGAUGGUAGCAAGAGUGCUGCCAUGUCUUCUGCAAAUGAGAAGGCCUCUAAUGCUCCAAAUGCUAAUUCACUUGAACUGCUAUUGUUUGGACUGGCGGAUCCUGCAGGUAGCAUGCCUGAAAUGUCUCCUGGUGGUGACAAUCCAGCUGCUAUUGUAGGUUCAUCUAAUCCUGAUGUGGGUACAGUUUCGAACAAUGUUGCAAUUACUACUGCUUCACACAUUGAAAAUGCUGCACCAUGCCCUGGUAAUAGCAGUGACUCUAAGGAUAAGCUUGCUGAUGCCCAAACGCUGCCAGCUUUGCAGCAAAGUGAGCCAUUUGGAGCCCCUCCAGUAAAUAGUAACUUUACUGCUCAGAAGGCUACUGCUUCUCAUGAAGCUGCAAACAAUGAGUCCUUGACUUCAGAACCUGAGCAUGCUAAAGUGCCACCAACCAAUACAUCAUUUGGACAAGCAACACAAGUUGUCCCACAGGCAGCUAAUGAUACUAGUUUGGGAAAUGAAUUACUCAGUGGAAGAAAAGAACUUCCAGCGGACCUUUUUACAUCAAGCUAUUCAUCAUUUGCUGCUGCUGUUCCAGGCUGGCAAUCCACUUCCCCUUAUGGAAUGGGAUAUGGCACUCAGUACCAUGUUACUGCAAUGUCCAUGGGAGCUCACCAAGAUUCGGUUAAAUCAAGGAACCCAUUUGAUAUUGGUGAUGAUGGUCCCUUACCUCAAGGCACCAUGCUUCCUUCCAUGUCACCUUUGCAAGGACCGAUGCCAAAUAUGUCAACUUCGCAAGGGUUACAGCCUCAAGUAGUGCCAUAUUCAUCGGCAACGCAACCACAGAGACCUCCUUAUGGAAUUAUGAGGCCUCCAGGAGUAUACAUGGGGCAACAGAUAGCAAAUAAUAUACUUCCUUCCAGACCGCAAGGAGCUAAUACCUUUGGUGGCAAUGAUGCUGCCUUUGCCUCUCUUAACCCUAUUAAACAGUCUAGUGGGAUGAACGAUGAUACUGCCUUUUCUUCUCUUAACCCCAUUCAACAAUCAAAUGGCGUAAAUCCCUCAUCAGCUGCACCACAAUCCUACUCGUUGACAGGAGGAAAUCCAUUUGGAUAGCUGCAGCCAAGUACGCAUAGUUGAAUAUAGCACAAUAUGGUUCUUCUUUUCUGAUUUCUGACCCCAUCACAUCUGAAGAAUUUUGGUUGCUCGCUGCUGGAAUGAGCUAGAUUUAAGUGAGCCUUCUUUGCGUUGUGAAUGUCCUUAUACCUUUAUGGGGAUGCAUAUACAAAGGAAUACUCUCAAAGUGUUACUAGAAAUCUGUGUAGUACAUGCUCUCAUGUGCUGUGUAUACAAUUUAGAAGUCAGAAACUUGAAGUAGUGACAUCUGUAGCUGGGAAUUUUUUUUUUGAAACUUGAAAC